CUUAAAUAUCACGCUGGACAAUCCGGUAGCCUUCCAAAGCACCCCGAUAUUCUUACACAGGACACAGGACGAUCCUCUCAACUUCAUCCUUAGUACAUUCUUGGUCCACAGUAGUGGAUCAUCAAUGGUAGCAAUGUCGAUUCAGCAAACAUCAACGUGACAUCGCCCUUGGAUCCUCAACUUCCCAUCGGGCCUACAUCCAGUUCCACUUCGUCUGAUGCAGGGUACGCGCUGCUGCGUUUGGUUCUUUGUCUCUGCCAUAAUAUCACCACAGAACCGCUCCUCCUGGCCAAUCGACAAUGGGAGCUAUGUCCACAUCAUCGACCGUGGUGGCAAGCGGAACAAGCACAUCAAGUCCCACUUCGUCAGUUUCAGGGCAAUUGACCACGAAGGCUAUACCCACAGGAGAAAUCGUGGGUGUCGCUGUGGGUUCAUUUGCACUUUUGUCUAUCGUCUUCGCUCUCUUGGUAUUACUCGAGAGGAAAGGCGAAAAUCGAAAAAAUCCGCGCCAUCGCGUGCUUUGGGAAGUACCCAGAUAUGAAGGGCCUACCGACCAUCAUUGCUCCGCCUUGAACUCCACUCCAGGCUUCGAUGUAAGUAUCCAG